UGUGUAGGCCUGGCUACACAGCCCAACCAACAAUCCAAGAUGGCGGUCGCAGACAUAGUUAUCAAGCAAGAGGCCGUGGAAGCUGUGGAUUUACAGGACCGAAUACUAGAGCUAUGCAAAGGAACGCCUAAAGGCAUUUCGGACAGGACGAUACUACAGGACAUGCCUUCAGUAUCAGCAGAACAGCGUGUGGCGGCCAUAAACAGACUCUUGUCAACGGGGAAAAUUGAACUUCUAAAGAGUGGGUCCCAGUUACUAUACAAGUACAAAGAUGACCAACAAACAAAUCAGAAAACUAAAGGUUUUGAAUUAGAGGAAAAGCUAGUCUAUCAAACCAUAGAGGAAUCUAGCAAUAAAGGUAUUUGGAUCAGAGACAUCAGAUAUAAAUGUAAUCUGCAAAUGACCCAGCUCAAUAGGAUCAUAAAGACGUUAGAGAGCAAGAAACUCAUCAAAGCUGUCAAGUCUGUUGCGGCAUCCAAGAAGAAGGUUUACAUGCUGUUCAACCUUGAACCUGAUGAAUCAGUCACCGGAGGCGCAUGGUACAGUGACCAGGAUUUUGAGGCAGAAUUUGUUGAAGUUUUAAACCAGCAGUGCUUCAAGUACCUUGAACAGAAGCUUCGUCAGGCAGAAAAACUCCAUGCAGACCCUGUGGCCCGGAGAAACGCGUCAUAUGCUCCUGCUGAGGAUGUCUGGAAGUACAUCACACAACUAGGCAUCAGCAAGGUUCAGCUGUCUGUGCACGAUAUCGAGACUAUUCUGAGCACGUUGAUAUUCGACGGACGCGUGGAGACCACCAUCGUAUCGGCCGGCACCUCCACCUCGCGCACAGCCGUCAGUGGACAAAAGACCCUCUACCGAGCGAUCUUCCCCAUCGUGCCGUCCACAGGGCUCAUGACGUCACCGUGCGGGGUGUGUCCGGUGAUCGACCAUUGCCGAGACGGUGCCGCAAUAUCUCCCAAGACCUGCAUCUACAUGAAAGACUGGCUCGAUCUAUAAAAAAAAACGAACCUGUUAGACACCCUGUGUGGUCUCAACCGAACGAGACUGGCCCAGGCAGGGCGUUUAAAAUAAGGCAUCCUGUGAGAUCAUUGCCGAGUAGUACUGGGGCAAGAUAGGCAAUGAGGAGAGUAAUCACGUGAAGCCUCAACCGAGUAGGGGUGCAGAAAAGGAUGAUGGGAGAAAUAUGGGUAACCCUGUAUGAAAACAAUCGAGAAGGACUGGGGACAAAUAAUCGACGAAAGAUGAAGACCCUGUGUAGUCACAGCCAAGUCGGACCGGGACGAGAUAUGGAAGAUAAACUACAUUCAUCUGCAUGUAACUGACAACAAUGCUGUAGUUUGGCAUUUAACAGGAAGCUUGAUUACCAAAUUAAGAAAAUAGUAUAAGUCAACGUGAAUCUUGUUACUUUCCUUUACUUCAAAAAACAUAUAUAAAGAAAAUUAGAAAAUA